CUCGAUGGUCCGUGGGCCUGUGGUGGGAGGACAGCACACAGCGGUGCGGACCUGUCGGAACAACCGUAGCACACGCACAGCCACACCGUUUAAUCGCUGCUGCAUUUACUGGACUGGACUUGACGCAUUUGUGAAGAUUAAUCAAGAAUUGAGCAAAGGGCCGACGCGCUGAGAGGGGAAAGCGGAGAACAGAGGAGAGACAGCCGGGUCUGCUGGACUUUUAGGCGGCGCACUGCUCUUACCACAAAUCCCCGCUUCUGCUGCGCAUACAUUUUUUUCCCCCUCUCGAAACCAAACGACCACUUUCUCUUACUGGAUGUUUGUCUUUGCAACGGAGCUAAUCAUGGGAUGGAUGAAGAGAGAAUAACACUGGAAGUGCCGUUGUGUUAAAUAAAAGUAGAAACUGAAGAAGGGAAAAACACCGAGCCUUUUAAAGCUAGGAGCCAAGUAGAGUGACAGCGCCAGCAAAAUGUCUGUCCCUAACGUGUUGGCCAAAGCAUUGUACGACAACGUGGCAGAGUCUCCAGAUGAGCUGUCCUUCCGCAAGGGUGAUAUCAUGACAGUACUGGAGCGUGACACACAAGGAUUAGAUGGCUGGUGGCUCUGCUCACUCCAUGGCCGCCAAGGCAUUGUCCCUGGGAACCGUCUCAAGAUCCUGGUCGGCAUGUAUGACAGUAAGAAACAGCAACAGCCUGCACCUUCUACACCAGAUCCAGCUGUUUCCUGUCCCACUACCCAGGUUCAGCGACCUCUCCUCCCUCAGAGCACCUAUGCCAAACCAUCACCUUCCCCAUCAUCUGCUGCGACUAUGUCCUCCUCUGGGUUUGCCAACAAGUCUCUCCCCUCGGCUCAGUACACAUCCAUGCACACAGCCUACUCCAUUCCCAGCUCUGCACAGCCCAGCUCUGAUCCUGUCUACAUGAUGCCCCCUUCCCACGGUCCCAAACCAAAAAGUCAAAGUGUGUACCAAGUUCCUUCUGGUCCAGGUGGACUCCCUACACAGGUCUGGCAAGGACCUCCCAGCAAGGCCCCAAUCUUAGGCCAGAGACAGUACCAGCUACCUUCACAGGACAUCUACCAGAUUCCCCCCACUGCAUGCACAGGGCCAGCUGUACAUGGAACAGCUCCAGCUGGGGGGACAGGAGCUGCACAGGAUGUGUAUCAGGUGCUUCCCUCCUUAGAUAAGAAGAACUGGGAGAGUUGCAGCAAGCCCCUUGGCAAGGUGGUGGUUCCUACCCGUGUUGGACAGGUGUACGUGUAUGACAUGGGGAAAUCAGACCAGGACGAGUAUGAUGUCCCACCAAGACAUCAGUCUCCGUCUCAGCAGGACAUAUAUGAUGUGCCCCCCACCCGUCAGCAGUAUAACACACAGGUGUAUGAUACUCCUCCCAUGGUUGUGAAGGGUCCCUCUGGUGGUCAAGAUAUAUAUGACACCCCAGCAAGCACAGACAAGAACCAACAGCAGACUGUCUAUGACUUUCCCCCAUCUGUUAGUAAAGAUGUGCCUGACGCUCAGUCUCUCAGUGAGGAAACCUAUGAUGUGCCACCCCACUUUGCCAAACUACAGCCACAAGUUUCCAUCCCUCCUGGCCAGUACUUGCACAAUAACUUUACUGACGAUGACAACGAGCCACCAAUUCCAGAAGAUGUGUACGAUGUCCCGCCCCCCAUCCUAACUGAUAAGCAUUAUCAUGGUGACAGGGGUGGGGUCAGCCAGGCCCCCCAGGAGAUCUAUGAUAUCCCAGCCAUCUUGCGUUCCAGAGGUCAGCCUGCCCAGGAUGUUUACGACUUUCCACGAGAACGAGAGGAGAAAGAUGGGGAGAGGGGACAGGAGUGUGUCUAUGAUGUCCCACCACAGGUUGUACGUGAUGCCCAGUCAACCAGUGACGAGCUGACCAUGUCUUUCAAGCGGCUGUCUGCCUCCAGUACAGGAAGCACACGGAGCAACCACUCAGCGUCAUCAUUAGACCUAGUUCCUGUCCGCGAUACUUCCUCACUCACUGCUUCUGGCACCAUUCCAGGGAAACCCCUAAUUUUGGACCUUGAUCAGGCCAUGGAGCGUCUGACCCGCCUCCAGCAAGGUGUUGAGUCCAGCAUUUCCCUCAUGAUGUCAUUCAUCACAGGUAAUUGGAGAAGCCCUGCUUACCUGGAGGGGAAUCUCCCAGCCAUUCAUCAGGCUGCUGACCGGGUGCGUGCCACUGUCAGAGAUUUCCUAGAAUUUGCCCGGGGGGCUGUGGCAAAUGCUGCCCAGGCCACUGACCGCUCACUGCAGAACAAGCUGGUCCGUCAGGUAGGGAAGAUGGAAGAGGUCUUCCAGAGUUUGAUUCAACAUAGUCAGAGCUUAGACACAAUAGCUUGGUCACAUACGGCACUCACAACACCGCCUGCAGGAGGGGAUGACUUAGAUCGACUAAUAAUGACUGCACGGGGCAUACCUGAUGACACCAAGCAGCUUGCUUCCUUUCUCCACGGUAAUGCUUCACUUCUCUUCAAACGGAGCACCCGGCAGCAGCAGCAGCUACCCCUUCCUCCCAUCCCUGGGGAGGUGAGUGGUAACAUGACUGGAUCAGGAAGUGGAAACUUUCAGGGAGGAGAGAAGGUGAACAUUCAAUCGCGGCCCCUCCCGUCUCCACCAAAGUUUACAUCUGCAGAGCAGGAGGAAGUUGUGGACAGCCCAUAUGAGACCACAGAGCAAGGCUGGAUGGAAGACUAUGACUACGUGCACCUACAGGGAAAGGAAGAGUUUGAGAAAAACCAAAGACAGCUGCUGGAGAAAGGCAACAUUAUCCGACAAAACAAGACACAACUGGAACAGCAACAGAUUACACAGUUUGAGCGGUUGGAGCAGGAAGUCAGCCGGCCAAUCAACAACGACAUGACGGGCUGGGUCCCACCCUCUCACCACCCUCUGGCAAACCAGCUGGUCCAUAACAGCUCUGGAGGCCAGUCAACCUCCAAGCUGUGUCACGGCGACCAGCAGCUCCUUCUGUUUUACCAGGAGCAAUGUGAGCAGAACAUCACCACCGUAACCAAUGCCAUCGAUGCCUUCUUUACUGCCAUAAACUCCAACCAGCCACCGAAGAUCUUUGUGGCACACAGCAAAUUUGUCAUCCUCAGUGCGCACAAGCUGGUGUUUAUCGGUGACACUCUAUCACGUCAGGCCAAGUCUCCUGAGGUGAGGGCCCGGGUGGCUCAGAGCAGCAAUAGUCUCUGUGAAAAACUCAAAGACAUUGUGAUCAGUACAAAGACAGCAGCACUUCAGUAUCCCUCCCCUGGAGCAGCCAGAGAGAUGACUGAGAGGAUGAACGAGCUGGCAGGGUGUACACAGCAGUUCAGGAUGGUGUUGGGGCAGCUGCUAAUGAUAUAAGGGAGGAAGAGGGAGGAGAAUACAAACAGGCCCAUCCCAGAAUACCCCCUGAAUACCUUGGGAUGGACCCUAAGUGUCCCACAAGUUCUGCAAACCUGGAACUCCCCGUAGCACCGAAUGGUUGACGGGUUGAGGCUUUCCACCUCUUCCAUAACAUCUUCUGCAUAUGCAGAAUGGAAACACUAUGUGACUCUAAAGUGGAAGGUCUUUGAUGGGGUCACAGAAUCAAUUACUUCCAUUCUGUGACCCCUCUCUUUGUUCCUUUAACUGGGACCAUUCCUUUUGCAUCACUCCUUCCUCUGUGUGCUUUUUACUGGAGACAAACUAAAAGGAACAUUUUAACUUCAGAGGCUGGGCCAAUGGCUGUAAACUAAUCACUGUAAAUAGAGUGUAUUUAUGUUACUCACUUAGUAAGAAAGCCUGAAUGAAAAAGAACUUCAAGAAUAUAAAUAUAAAUAAGUUGUUCUUUUUUGUUUUGAAGAAAGAAAAGAUGAAAAUACAAGUGUAGUUUUUUUUGACUGUAUAAUUGCUAUUAAUUCCAAAUAAUUACAGUUCUGAUUCUUAUAUUGUUAUUGUCAUGAUGUAUAAAUCCUAGGUGAUAUGUAUGACUCUGUGCUGUAAAAUGUCUAUGCUCUUUUCAAUCCUGGACAAAGUCACACUUUCCAAAAAACACACUGGAGCACACAACCACCUUCAAACAUCACCUGUUGUCUAAUGCUGCCAUGAUGCCUCUUUGAUUGAACAGUACGUAACCACCUGGGAUUCAAUGAAUUGUCUCAGGUGGUUUCUGCCCACUAAGGCAGGCAUCACUGCAUCACUUCCAAAACAUGUCCACAGAACUCUACAGCUGCACUACUGCAGGUGCUGUUAAUCAGUGCCAUCAUAGAUGCUUUUUUUUUUUUUUUUAAACUGUAUGUAUGUUGAUUUGUAACAGGCAUGUAUUAGAAAAGAAUUUAUGUAAGACAGCAAAUCAUAUUAAACUUGCAUUUCUUUUUUUCUGGUA